GCUCCAUGGAGAGAGAGAGAGCGAGAGCGACAGAAAGAGAGAGAGAGAGAGAAGGGGGGAGUAAGAUCUACCAGGAAAAAAGUGGCCAAGACAAAGGGACUUAGGAGCCUCUGGAAAAAACGGCAGAGAGCGGGUUUUGUUUGGAAAGGUUUGGUGACAGCUCCGCGGCGGGAGACCCGAGGGCAGGAAAAGGCUCCGCUGAUUCCAGGCCCCUCUGUCCACUCAGCAUCAAAUCCCCGUCACGUCCGUUCCAGAGGAAGUAACGCUUCAUGGACGGCGGCCCGGCGAUGGAAAGACCUGCAAGGCUAUAGGCUGAGAGAGUGGCUGGAAACACACAUCAGCACAAACACACACAGGAUGGAGACGGAGCGAAGGCUACAGUAGUGUUGUUCCCCCCGUGGCUGGGUCCUGUUUGUGAUGCUGCUAUAGUGUUUCCACAGCGGCUGUCUCUUUAUUCGGCUGCACCUGGAGUGCCUUUGUGUGCUGACAGCCCCAGUUUGAGUCCCUGCGUAUUUUCACCCCCUUGACCUUUUCUGCUCGCUCUCAUCCCCUCUUUUGAAAGAGCAGGUGUUGCUGCACUAAACAGGCAGAGGUCUCAUUUACCUCGCACCGGCCACUCCCCCCUCUCCAUACACACACUCACACACACAUACACAUACACACACACGCACACACAAGCUCCUCUCUUCCAAGCGGCUGAGAGGUUGCCAUGGUGAUGGUCGUCAUGAUGCCGAUGUAGCAUUGUGAAGGUAGUGAAGGUGAAGGUGGUGGUGGUGGUGGUGGUGGUGGCGGCAGGAUGGGAAGCGCUCCAUAUUCGGCGGGCGACUGGAAGGGGAAGGGGCGAGGCGGCCUGCAGGAGCUGGGCUGCAUGCCCUGGAAGGUCAGCAAGCAGAAAGGAGCAGGAGGAGACGGUGGAGGAGGAGGAGGAGGACAGGAGGGGGUUGUGGGAACAGAGGAGAGGAGGUGCAGGGAUCCCCGGGACUCUCGGCAGCAGCAGCAGCAGCAGCAGCAGCAAGAUCUCUCAUCCUCUUCCUCCUCGCUGAGCCCCCCGGCGCCUCCUCAACCCUCUGCCACUUCUCCGUCCAUCUACCACGAGAAGCAGCGGAGGGAGCUGUGCGCCCUGCACGCGCUCAACAACGUCUUCCAGGAUGGGACGGCCUUCAGCAGGGACACACUGCAGGAGAUCUACCAGAGGCUUUCUCCUGGCACCCUGGUGACACCUCACAAGAAGAGCAUGCUGGGAAAUGGGAACUAUGACGUUAAUGUCAUCAUGGCGGCCCUGCAGACGCGGGGCUUUGAGGCCGUGUGGUGGGAUAAAAGAAGGGAUGUGGGCAGCAUCGAGCUGUCCAACGUGACGGGCUUCAUCCUGAACGUGCCGUCCAACCUGCGCUGGGGGCCUCUGCGGCUGCCGCUCAAACGCCAGCACUGGAUAGGCGUCAGAGAGGUGGGGGGAGUCUAUUACAACUUGGACUCCAAACUACGUAGCCCCCAACCGAUCGGCAACCCGGACGAGCUCAGGAAGUUCCUGCGUCACCAGCUGCGAGGGAAGAACUGUGAACUCCUAUUGGUCGUCUCUGAGGAAGUAGAGGCACACCAGACAUGGCGGUCUGACGGCUGCUGAGGGGCGACUCGGCCAAUCAUAUCUCCAGCUGGCCUCCCCGGGACGGGACGGGACGGGCGGCCGGGGGCCAAUCACGGGAUAAAAGGGAGAGGGAGUAGAAUCGUGCACAGCCAAUCACAUGGAUGCAGACUUGCAGAUGUUUUUUUUUUUUGGUUUGUUUUGUUUUGUUUUUAUUUUUCUUCUCUCUCCCCUUUUUGGGUUUUGUUUACACAAUCAUUGCUGGACUCUGUUAUCUACUGAGACACAAAGCGAUGAAGGAAAGCAAACACACAUACAGGGAGAUGACAAAGAAUCACAACACUUACAACACAGUUCAAAUGUAUGAAAAUGUUAUGAUUUCUGGUAUUAUGUGUUUUUAUAUAUAUUAUUACUAUUUUUCAAUGUCAGUUUUUUUGUUUGUUUGUUUGUUUUGUACAUGUUACUGUUCCACUUUCCAAAGUCAUGGGGAGUCCAGGCUGUAUGUAAAAUGCUGUGUUGACCCGCCUGUCUCCCUCCUCCCUGCUUCAGUCGUUUGACGCUCACUGAUGUGUGUCUUCUUCGUGUUUCUCUCUGUCUCCUCCUCCUCUCUCUUUUCCCUGUCAGCGAAACGUGUCCUUCCUUGCCUGGGCGUGACUGUGUUUCCAUCUUACUCCUCUCUGUCCCCUUUUGAUGUCACAGGUCAAAAUCGGUGGUUUAUCACAUUGCCAACUUUGUAUUUCACCCCCACCACCCUGCUGGCACAGACUGAUCUGUACCAAGUCUGUACUGACACAAGAGUUUUAUAUGGCAACAAAGCAAUGCAACACCCAGGACAAGCACUCCCUCUAGUGGAUGUUUGCCCAUAUUUGUGCUGUACUAUUAGUCUAGUAGUCAAGAAAUAAGUUUUAUGCCAAAAUUUGUCUCCCCUUUAAAAAAAAAAAAAAAA